AUGCCUCGCACCACGCGAGCGUCCAGGACGUGGUUCAUCAGUGGCUGGCCGGUGACCGUCUCUGCUGGACACGCAGUGCUCCCAGAGGGCAUUACCCACCUCCCGGACGGCGCGUUCAAGAGUCGCACCCUUGGGUUGGUUGCCGUCAGCUGCCCGAGCAGCCUAAUAUCUAUCGGAGCCCGCAGCUUUCACGGAUGCACCGCGCUCACCUCGAUCUCCCUCCCGGCCGGUCUCCAAUCGAUUGGGUACCGCGCAUUUGAUGGUUGCUCCUCGCUAACGAACCUCUCCCUGCCCGACGGCCUGACCGCCAUUGGUGGCCAGGCAUUUCACCGCUGCUCCUCGCUCACCGUCAUCAGCCUCCCGCAAAGCCUCGCCUCCGUCGGCGACUGGGCCUUCGAGGAUUGCGUCUCACUGGCCUCGGUGACGUUCCCAAGUGGCCUCGCGUGCCUCGGCAACGGGGCCUUCCAUAGAUGCAGUGGCCUCACUGCCAUCGACCUGCCCGCGGGCUUGACCUAUCUCGGGCACGAUGCAUUCCACGGCGCCUCCUCCCUGAGCAGAAAGUCGAACGAUUUGCAAACUGAAACGAUCAUCGCCUGCGCCAUCACAUCCAUGCCGAGUGCCUAUGAGGUGGGUGAGGUCAGUUAG